GAUCAGGCACUGACAAUUAUUCUGUGGGUGAACGUCUUCUCACUAUUAAAAAAGUUCUUCUCAAACCUAGCAUUGUCAUGUCCAAUUUAAAUAAUACUCAUUUGAGCGGUCCGAAAACUUCGCUUUCUCCAAAUAGCAUUUUCGAUCAGGCUGUGAAGAGGCUUCAGAAUCCAGAUCAAGAUAUUCUCAAGCAACACAAUUCAACAAACAAUAUUAAUAUAGUUCUCGAUGAUGUAUACAAACUAGCCAAAGAGAAACAAAGCACUUGCGAAAAUAAAAGAUGGAAAUUCUCAUAUGGAAAGCAUCGUGUCGUAUUGCGAGACGUAGUGGAGAAGGUUACCUCACGGCUUGGAAGACUUACUCAAAUUGGUGAUAUAAUUGCGAAUGUAGACCCAAUUCAUGUCGGCUUGCCAUGGGCUGGUAUCCGUCUUCUACUCCAGGUGGUUACCUCUGACAGCCAUACUAUGGGUAGCCUCUUCAUAGGACUCAAGGUUGCAUUCGAUACAAUGGACCGAUUGAAGGUAUAUAUGGAUUAUUGGCAGAGUCUGCCGCCAUCAAAAGCGUUGGAGAAUCUCGAAAAGUCUUUGAUCAACCUUUACGUGCUUCUGUUGAGGUUCCUUAUCUCAGCUAUUUAUAUAUAUGAGAUGCCUACUAUAAAGAGAACGUGGAAAUCUUUUUGGCAAAACGAGGAAAUACUGAAUUUCGAGGCCGACCGCGAUAAACUCAUUGGAAUGUUAGAACAUGACGCCGAGAGCUGUGAUCGUAUUCUUAGUGAUUACGAUCGACAAAAUAUGAAUCAUAGCUUUGACCAAAUUCGCGAAUCGCUCAAGAAGCUGGACAAAUUGCAAGAUAUUCAAGGAUGUAUUGAGUUGAUUUCAGAGAAGAUAGACCUAAACAGGCUACCAAUCGCUGAAGGCGCUGCAUUUGAUUCAUAUGAAGAUCAAAAAGAAUCCAAAUGUCUCCCUGGCACACGAAUUGAAUUGCAGCAACAAAUUUUGGAUUGGGCCGAUGAUCCUGAUGGAAAAUGCAUAUUCUGGCUGCAAGGUAUUGCUGGUACAGGCAAAUCUACCAUUUCACGCACCGUUUCUCAAUGUCUUGACGAUAAAGGAUUGUUAGGCGCCACUUUUUUCUUCAAGCGAACUCAAGAUGAUCGUAAAAACGCUAAGAAAUUCGUUACCACUAUCGCUCAUUCCCUAGCAAUCAAGAUGCCGGAAAUAGCACAGUCUGUUGCACAAUCAAUCAGCCAUGAUCCUAAUGUUUUGAAUGCAAACCUACCAAAACAAUUCAAGAACUUAAUCUUUGACCCGAUUUCAACUUUCUCGCAGAGUUCUAGAAUGGUUGUGGUCAUUGACGCGCUCGACGAAUGCGAGAAGGACGAUGAUAUUCGGAAAAUCUUCGAGCUUCUGAAACAAUUCGACAAUUUAUCAACGACUACUCAAAAGAUAACUUUAAGGGUCUUUAUAACUAGCAGACCAGAACUUCUAAUCCGGCUAGGCUUUGAGAAGAUUUCCAGGAAAGCAUUAAAAGGUGUUGCACUCCACGAAAUUCCAAAUGAGGUAAUCGAGCGAGACAUAUCUAUUUAUCUCAAGCACGAACUUAAUCAGAUAAGAAUGAACUGGCCCGAGGAAGAAAAAUUCAACAGUCUAGUUAAAAUGGCUGCCCCCUUAUUCAUUAUUGCAGCCACAGCAUGCCGUUUCAUUAUACGUCAAAGAGACAUACAGAAGGGUCUCAACAUCAUCCUCAGUGGUGAGAGAAAGUUUAAGUCAAGAUAUGGCAAAAUCUAUCAACCAAUCUUAGAUCAAAUACUGAUUAGUCAAGAAGAUGAAGAUGAAGAUGAAGACGAAGAUGAGGAAGAAGAGAAGAACUUCCUUAUUGAAGGAUUUAAAGAGGUAGUUGGGACGAUCAUCAACCUUGCUGAUCCACUAUCCAUUCGUACACUCUCUAACCUCCUCGAUGUUGAAGAGGUGUAUGUGAACAAGCAAUUGGAACUUCUGCACUCGGUUCUUCACAUCCCUAGUAAAGCAGAUGCUCCAGUGAAAAUUCUUCACCUUUCGUUUCGUGACUUUCUUCUUGAUAAGGAAGAAAAAACUCCUAGCCGAUUCCAUGUGGAUGAGGCAGAAUCACAUGGAAGAAUAGCCACCAAGUGUAUUCAAGUGAUGUCUAUGUCUGGAUGUCUAAAGAAAGACUUGUGUGAUGUCGCAAAACCUGGAGUGCUGCGAGAUCAGGUUGAGAAGUCUGAGAUUGAUAGGUGUUUGCCAGCUCAUGUUCAAUAUGCCUGUCGCUACUGGGUAUAUCAUCUCGAGAAAAGUGGGUAUAACGGUAGCGGGAAUGAAAUACACGAGUUCCUUAACAAGCACUUUCUCCAUUGGCUAGAAGCUCUUUGUUGGAUGGGAAAGAUUUCAGAAGCUGUCCUCGCAAUAACCAGCUUGGAAUCUUGUAUCACAGUUACUCAAGAGUCUCAAUUACAUACUUUUGUACAUGAUGCUAAACGAUUCAUUCUUCACAGCCGAAUAGGGAUUGAACAAGCUCCUCUUCAAAUAUAUUGCUCAGGCCUUUUCUUUGCUCCAGAGAAGAGUAUCAUCCGAAAAACAUUUCAAGAUUGUAUCCCAAGUUGGAUUUAUAAAAUAUCAAGGAUACAAUCAAAUUGGAGUGCUGCUCUCCAAACACUCGAGGGUCAUUCGAGCUACGUUUCAUCAGUAGCCUUCUCACAGGACGGCAAGAUAAUAGCUUCAGGCUCUGUCGAUCAAACGAUCCGGCUCUGGGAUACAGCAACGGGCGAAUCGCUUCAAACGCUCGAGGGUCAUUCGAGCGACGUUUCAUCAGUAGCCUUCUCACAGGACGGCAAGAUAGUAGCUUCAGGCUCUGGCGAUAAAACGAUUCGGCUCUGGGAUACAGCAACGGGAAAAUCGCUUCAAGCGCUCGAGGGUCGUUCGAGCUUAGAGGCAUCCUCCGUCUUUGAACAAUACUCUAUAUCGAACAAUUGGAUAGCUGAGGAGGUAGACAAAGGCAUGCAAAAUAUUCUUUGGCUACCUCCAAAUUAUCGGCCAUCUAGUACAUCUUUUCAUAAGGAAAUUAUAGUUAUAGGGAGUUCAUCUGGUAGAAUUUUCUUUCUAAAGCUUGAGUAUGGAAAUCAUAUAUUAUCUACAUAAAAACGAGUCUCAGUAUAUCUACAAAGUUCUCAUUACUUCUGUAUUUUUAUAUAAUCUUCUUUUAUCUUUUUCUCUCUCUAAUAGAGAGAUUGCGGGAGGCCUGUGAUUAUAUAGACUGUGUAUCUGUCACUUUGAUUCUAGUAUAUUCUACCACAAACAUAUAAUAAUAUCUUAUUAUAAAGAAAUACAAAUAAUUCUUUUUCAGGUCGACUCAAUUUCAAGCAAUAGCGCGGAAUUGAUCGUGGUUCAUGUCAAUAAACAAAGUAUAAAAUCUGACCUUGUUCGAACA